AUGCCUCCCAUGGCUCCGCUCAAUGAGCCGCAUGUUCUCAACCAAAUUAUUAUCUCGCCCUCAGAUACCGACUACCUGGACCAGCUCAUACCCUCAAUACGAGAUUACAGUGUCGGAAACCGCACCCCUCAGCUCCUCCAGUCUCUGUCGCGAUUUGCGGGGGAUAAAGAAUCCGAGAUAGAGGGCAUCUGCAAUACAAAUCACCAGGAGUUCGUUUCGUCGGUCAACUCCUUGCUUCGUAUUCGGGAGGGCACCGUGAGUCUGACCGCAGAAAUCUUGGACCUCAAUCAAUCCAUUCAAACCAGCACCGAACGCCUAGCCGAGCAGAAGAAGGCGCUGGUGGAAUCGCGCGGCCAUCGACAGAACAUAGAUGAGACCUCGCGCGCCAUCCAGGAUUGCUUGGAGGUAUUGCGAUUGGCCAACCAGGUACAUGAUCUGCUCGCAAAGAAAAACCACUAUGCAGCGUUGCGCGCGUUGGAAGAGCUACAAAAUGUCCACCUGAAGGGGGUAACCCAGUACAAGAUCGCAGUCAUGAUCCAACGGUCGGUCCCGGCCACCCAGCGAGCAAUUGCGGAAGCUGUGAUGUCUGAUCUGAACACCUGGCUGUAUCGAAUUCGAGAAAUGUCUCAAUACCUCGGGGAGAUCGCGCUUUUCCAUACAGAUCAGCGCAAGACCAGACAAAAGCAAAGAGCGGAAAACGUGCCGUAUCUUGAGCAUUUCAGUCUAAAUUCCGCAAUCGAAUUGGUAUCCGAUGAAGACGAAGAGUACGACCUGCUUCAUAACGAGGAUCUCCAAGUCGAUUUUACCCCACUGUUUGAGUGCUUGCAUAUCCACCAGUCACUGGGACACAUGGACAAGUUCAGAAUCGAGUAUGCGACCACUCGAAGAAGACAGAAAGAGCUAUUGCUUCCUUCCUCAAUCACCUUGAUUGAUGAAGAUGGCUCUAGCCUUCACAAUCUUCUGGAAGAGAUGGCUGGUUUUGCCAUUGUCGAGCGUGCCACAAUGAAGCGCGCUCCCGAUCUCAGAUCGUCUGUUGAUAUUGAUGAGUUAUGGGACUCGAUGUGUCAGGGAGCCGUGGUAUUGAUAUCCAAGGCACUUCCCGAAGUCGACAACGCCGAAAGCAUUCUCAACAUCAAGAAUCUGAUUGCGCUCUUCAUGCAGACUAUGAAUACAUGGAGCUUCCCGGUGCGAGUCUUUGAUGACUUCUUGUUGAAACUAUUCGAAAAGUAUGCGGAGCUUCUCAAGAAGCGGUUCAGUGACGAUUUCCAAGAGAUUGUAUCGACGGAUGAUUACAUGCCAAUGCCCAUACAGACCCAAGAGGAGCAUGACAAGGUGCUCAAUGUGAGCUGGUAUAACCCCGAGAAGCCUCGGGAGGAACAAGUUUUCCCAUGCAUUUUACCAUUCUCUCGAAUGUAUCCGCUAUGCUGCAUUGAUAUUCGGAAUUUCUUGAAUCAAUUCUACUUUUUCGCUACCGAUGGUUUUGCAAACACGAAUGUGAUUGAUGAGACCCUGAAAAAUGACUUGGACGACCUUCUUUCACAAAAGGUCUGUGACACAUUAGUGGAGCGUCUUUCCUCGCAAUAUUUGGGACAAAUUGUUCAGAUUCUCAUCAAUUUGGAGCAUUUCGAGCUGGCUUGUCGUGAGCUAGAGCUUUUACUGGCAGCUGCUCGUUCACAGAACUCCACCGGUACUUCAAUUGCUCUGAAAGCCACCGAAAAAUUCAGAAGCAAUAAGAAGGCGGCUGAGAAACGCAUCUUCGAGGUUGUCAAUUCCAAGAUUGAUGAUCUCAUUGAAACAGCAGAGUACGAGUGGAUGUCUCCCACGCCUCCUACAGAGCCCAGCAACUACAUGCAAACUUUGACGCGGUUCUUGUCCAAUAUCAUGAACUCCACAUUACUGGGACUUCCGACGGAAAUCAAGGAGCUCAUCUACUUCGAUGCCCUUAGUCAUGCUGCUAACAUGAUUUUGGCGCAACCGCUGUCCCCGGAUGUGAAGAAAAUCAACACCAACGGAGUAUCUGCUCUGGCGAAGGAUGUUGAAUAUCUUGCAGAGUUCGUGGACAGCUUGAAUGUACCUAUCCUGCGCGAGAAUCUCGACGAGUUGCAGCAAACGGUGCAGUUGAUGCAGGCUGACAGUGCAGACGAGUUUUACGACAUUUCUACGAGGAACAAGAAAUACGGACGUGUGGAUGCUAUGCAAGGGCCGGUCCUACUUGAAAAGCUUACCCGCACUGUUCAAGCUCCAACCAAGACCGACAAAUUUGCGCAACUCUCUUCGCGCUUCAAGAAGACCGGAUAA